CCCGGGCCCCCUCCGCGUGGGUCCGGCAGGGCGCCCAGAGAAUGCCCCGGGGCUCCAGCGGUGGGCUUGGCCGGUGCGUGCGUCCUGCCGCCACCGGGCUGCUUAUUGUUUUUAAUUUGAAGACAGUGACAAUAUCCUGAUUUUGCUACCCUACACUUUGGGUUCUGAAGUGAGUUUUAUCUAAAAAUUGCUGCAUAAUGCCAGAUACAAGCAGCAUCUGAGGAAAUUUGCAGCAGUUCCAAGAGGAGCAUAUUGCUUCCAUAAGACGUCAGAUGGAACUCAGAAUUAAAGACUUGGGAUCUGAACUCUCCAAGAGGAAAACUUUUGAAGAUUCUAAUAAAGCAGAGUUGGAAAAAUAUAAGCAACACUACCUAGAGAAACUAAAAGAAAGUCCUUGGAAAAGAAACUAGACAAUGUUCACACAGUGUAAUGGGAAUUCCAUUUAUGUGCGGCAACUUACAAAAUGCAAGUCACAGAGGGAAACAUGAAUGAAAUCCGUGCUUUCCAUCUUCCCCAGGACUAAUGAGCGCCUGGCAGAGAUCAGCACCAAACUUGAGGUGGAGAAACAGCAGAAGAGAUCUUUACUCAGCACUCCUAGCAGCACGCCAGUCCUGGAGCCCUCUUCUGUUGGAAAUUUCAAUCCUACUUCAGGGUUCAAUGCAAAUCUUCUUUCAGGAGCAAUUGUAGAGUUUUCUACCUCAAUUCCACACCGUUCAAAUGACAGCGUGGAGACUUACUUGACCGAGAAGAGCAAUCUAAGGUUUCUUCGACAGCACUGGAGCUACGUUGCGUCCUUGAGAGCUAUGAACCUGGAGGACGUGCUCUCGCUGCGCAAUCACAGCGGGCCUCCAAGCACUUCAUCCCAAGUCAGAGACCUGCCCCCGCUGAGGCCUAAGAGGAGGAAGGAAAGGCUUGACCCCUGUCCCAGGGGCGGGCUGCCUACCACAGACCCAAGGUCACGGUGCUGUGCGCACAUACAUCUUUUCAAAGAAGAGAUUGGGAACCAGGUUAACUUCGAGGAAUUUAAGGACGGUUUCAUGGCUGUGUUGUCAUCACAGGCUGGUCUUGCCUCCUCAGAUGAAGACAGUGGGCCUUUGGAGUCAGGUUUCUCUUCCCUGAGGUGGGAAGAAGGCCACUUGCCUUUCCCGACUUGGGGUGUGAUCGUGUGACCCUGG